GAGUUGAAGGAGAAGAGGAAUUCAAUGCAUUACAUGUUUCAGAGUCUCAUGGACUUCGACCUCCAGAUCGGCCACAAGAUUGUCCACAAAUACAAGCGUUUGUGUGAACACAACGGCCACAACACUGUCGCCGACGACAGACGCCUCAGCUCUGAGUCGGUGGACAAGUGGACGGCCGUCCGCUUUGGUCUGUGUUUCGGCACUUUCCUGAAGGAGAGCGGAUGGUAUGAGUUGAGCAAAGAUGUCUUCACACAAGCCAUACAACUGUAUGACACGAACGAACUCCGGACUAAUGAGAACGCUCUGAGAGUGGUGUUUGAGUGCAAUUGGAAACUCCUAUCGGUUCUCAACUCGUUCUGCUAUUUCGACGCAGCCAUGGAUCAGAUGAGACGAAUACAGGACAUGAUCGCCGAGUACGACAUGCGCUCCCAUCCAGACAAAUGCAACUUAUCUCAGGUGUACGCGGAGUUCGCGCAGUUAUUCUUCUUCCAGAGCUAUUACACCGAGUCCUACAAGUGGGCCAUUGAGUCGAUCCAACACUUGUCGCCCAUCACUCCCAUACUGACGGUCAUCGAUGUCUACAGACAGGCGGCCAAGACUGCGGUCGUGAAGCGCGAGUUCAAGAGAGCCGAGACUCUCAUCAAUCAGGCGAUGAUUUUAUGUAAAGACACGUUUGAUGUGACAGAAGACCAGAAUAAGUACUCGAUUGGUGUGAUUCACCUGAAACUGGCCGACGUUUUCCUCGACUACGGCUUCUACCUGUUGAAUGUGGAUCUCAUCAGCCAUUCGGUGAAGUUGUAUGAAAUGGCGCUCGAAAUACGCGAAUACAUCUUCGGAAUGAACGACAACAGUGUUACCAAUCUUUUAAUAGCCAUCACUCACGAGGAAUUGGGUUACGCCUCCUAUGUUCACGAAUACAGUUCCGGGAACUUUCUGAACGCCAGCUUUCACGCCAACAAAGCCAUGAGUAUUGUCUCGCAAUUAGUUCCCGACAAUCACCUGCUGUUGGCUUCUGCCAAACGGGUGAAGGCAUUGAUAUUAGAGGAGAUCGCUAUCGAUCAUCACGACAAGGAAGAGGAGCAGCGAAUGCUCAUACAGUCCCGCGAACUGCAUCUGUCGGCCCUCGAUAUGGCCCGCAAGGCGUUCGGCGAGACCAACGUCCAGACGGCCAAACAUUACGGAAAUCUCGGCCGACUCUACCAGUCGAUGAAGCGCUACAACGACGCCGAGACCAUGCAUUUGAAGGCCAUUCGCAUCAAAGAGAAACUCUUGGGAACCGACGACUACGAGGUGGCCCUCUCUUUGGGCCAUUUGGCGUCCCUUUACAACUACGACAUGCAUUGCUACGACAAGGCCGAGAAGCUGUACCUCCGCUCCAUUAGCAUCGGAAUCAAACUGUUUGGCGUCGGCUAUAGUGGUCUCGAGUACGACUAUAGAGGACUGUGUCGAGUGUACUCUCAUCUGCGGAAUGAGGAGCGCCUCCACCUCUAUAUGAAUAAACUGCAUAAUUGGAAACACUUGCGCGACUCCAUCACCAAAUCGGUGCGCGAGUCGCCGCCCAUCAAAGACCUGCACACUAUGCAGAGACUAUCACCGCAACAGAUCAUAGCACUCAUCGAACUGCAGUCCAAUUGA